GGGAAAGUGGCCGCCGGCUCGUGAGCUGCGGCGCGGCUGGCGCAGCUGCCUCCUCGAGUUCUCUCAGGCCUCCCCAGCUCGCCGAGGACACGGGGUCUGAGAGGAAGCCUGGCGCUGGCCGGCCUUCUCGCGCGGAAGGUCCGGGGCCGCCGAGGCCCGUGACUAAGUCGACCAGCCGGCGCUAGAUAAGUUUGCCCCAGGGAUGAGGAGAGGGACAGUGCAACUCUGUUGCUAUUGCUCUUUCUUUGGUCAGCAGACUACUGGAUUGGCUCCAUGGGUUUGCAUUGGAGGCACUGACUGAGGUUGGACAAGUUGUGCCACCAGCGGCACCCUGUUACACAUGCAACCUUAUCUUGAGGGUUCCUGGGCUUAUUGCAAGUUCUGGAUGAAGUUUCAUCCCCUCUGAAUGAACAGAUAAUGGAUAGUGAAGAUGUCUGGCUAUCUCUCAAGCCCAGUGAACCAUUGCCAUCUCAGUGUUGUGGCAGUGGCUGCAAACCCUGCAUCUAUGACAUAUAUCAGAAGGAGCUGGAGAAAUGGGAAGAGGCGAAAGCUAAAAAAGACAGAAGCCUCCUGAACAGGAAGAAGCAGCAAAGUAGUAAUUCAGAGCUAACUCCAGAAACAUUUACAGCUUUCAUCAUAAGCUCUGUGAAUCAGCUGACAGAGGACUCCUACCAGUAUACAUUUGAAUUGCCUGGAAAUAGCAGCCUGGGGUUGAGUUUAGGGCAACACAUUGUGCUAAGAGGACUAGUGAAUGGUUUGGAGGUUCAGAGAGCCUACACUCCAAUUACUCCUGUGAAUACUGAAGGGUACUUUGAAGUUUUAAUAAAGUGUUAUGAAACUGGACGAAUGUCACAGUAUGUAAAAACCUGGAAAGAAGGAGACAAAGUGUUUUGGAGAGGACCAUUUGGAGGCUUUCCUUACACAGCAAACCAGUAUGGAGAACUGUUCAUGCUUGCUUCUGGUACUGGUCUAGCACCAAUGCUUCCCAUCAUUCAGUAUAUAACAGGAAACGAGGAUGAUGAAACAUUUGUAACCCUAGUGGGCUGCUUCAAGACUUUUGAAAAUAUUUACAUGAAAUCUCUUCUUCAAGAACAGGCCCGAUUCUGGAACAUAAGAACAUUUUAUGUACUAAGUCAGGAACGUUCACUUGAAAAUCUGCCAUGGAGCUUUCAAGGGAAUACACACAUUGGUCGAAUAAAUGAAAACAUGAUUAGGAGCAUGAUGGACACAUGUAGGAAGCAGCCUUUUGUGUUGAUUUGUGGCUCAGUGACAUUUAGUGAAGAUAUGGAAAGACACUUGAAGGCCAUUGGUCUUGGAGAAGAGUCAUAUUUUGUAUUUUAAAGUUUUUUUAAUGAAUAAUAUCUUUGUUACAAGUAAUUCAUAUUUGAUCAGGCUGAAUUUUGAAACAUACUCUGUUAUGAUAAUCCAUCCAAAUUUGUAGAUUCUAAGUACUGUGAGUUUUCUGAAGAAUAGCAUAAAAUUACAGAGACCACAAGUAAUGAUGUCAGUCUAAUGCCAAUUGCAGAAAGUUAUCCUUGACAUAAUUCACUAUCCUCUGAGGAGAUAGUCAUCCAAGUCACCAGGUUGGCACUUGGUAUUAUAAUUGGUUCUCUGGGAUUUCCAGUAGGUAAUACCAGUCAGGGCUGACCCACAACAUUUUUAUAUGUGAAGCAACUGAACUGUAUGCCCCAAAAGAUGCACUCCAGAACAGGAUUUCUUGCCAUGUCAUAGAUAAACAUAAGCCAAAUCCUCUGGAGUGUAGCUUUACAUAGAGUUGUGUUCUACUAACAUUCUCAGUAACAUAGUGCAAGAUCCUUCAGUACAUGCUGUGGAUUUCCCAUGAUUGCAGUACUCCCCCUAAAAAUAUUGUUGCUUGCAGUAGCCUUGACACCAGCCUUCCAACACUAGAAUUUUAAACAAUAGCCAUAGCCUUCAUGGUGGGAAGCUUGUUUCUUCUUCAGAGCCUUGUCCUCUGUGGUGGCACCCUCAUUUUUGUUUCAAGCCAUAUUUAAGUAUUCUUGUGUCAGACUACCAAAAAUAAGAAAUGAUACUUGACAGCAUUUGAAAAAACAAAGGAACAAGUCAUUUUGUUUCUAAGCUUUUAAUCCAUAUGAGAACUCAACAGUACUUGUUUGGUUUUUUUCCAGUACAAUAGAAUCUCAGUUUCUUUUUUCAUGAUGUCUAGGAUUCUCACAUAAGUAGCUUUGGGACUGCAUAAGAUUUGGAAGCCAUAUAUUAAUUGCACCUAAUUGAGUAUCAGAUCCUUUUAACCACUGUGUGAUUUCUUACAUUGAAAUUAUAUUUCAGUCAUAAAGGUAUAAGAAAAUUC